AUGGAGAAUGCAAGGGGAAAUGAUGUAAGUGAAUCUUCAGAGACUCGCAUGAACAGAAUGGAACAAAUGCUUACAGCUUUAACUGAGGUGGUAAUGCAACAGCAGAGACAACAACAUCUACCUCCUCCAUAUCCACCGGCCCAAAUUGAACUGGACAAUAACGACAUUAUUAAUUUGACUCAGAAGUUCAUGAAAAUAAAACCGCCAACCUUUCUUGGAGGAAUUGAACCAUUAAAGGCUAAAACAUGGUUGUUAGAGAUGGAGAAACUGCUUGAAGUAUUUCCCUGUUCCGAGAUUCAAAAAGUCUUAUUGGCUACCUACACUCUGAAGGAUGAAGCUCGGAGAUGGUGGUUGCUAGUUCGGAAUGGCAAUGAGAACAUGACAUGGGAACUAAAACAAGGCAGAAUGUCUGUAGCUGAGUACGAAGCUAAAUUUACUGAGUUAGCCAGGUUUGCUCCUCUUAUGGUGGACACAGACUACAAGAAGGCUCGCAAAUUUGAGAGUAGGCUGGAUUUAGAUAUACUGGAUCGGGGCAUUAAUGGCGGAAGCUAUUUUGGCAGCAAAGAACAAACUCCCGUUCCACGAACUGAUUGGAUGGGAAAAAGUUCUGGAAAUAGUUUAAAAAAUGGUUGUUCAUUUGCUGGGAAUAAGAGACAAAAUACGGGAUCUUAUAGUGGCUCAAGCCAAAGUAGUGGUACUACACCGACUUGCCCAGAAUGUGGUAGGAAACACAAGGGGGUUUACUAUCGGGCUUCAGGUGCCUGUUUCAGGUGUGGAAAAACCAAUCAUGUGAUGAAGGAUUGCCCUAUUAGGCUCGAAAAUGUCAACCGUCCAGCGGCAAGUUCAGCCGGAUCCGCUUCUACAUCCAAGAUGAAUAUGAAAGCUAACACCGGGAAAGAGACCUUGAGGCAGAGUCGAGUAUUUGCACUUGUGCCUGGUGAUGUGAAGAACACUGAGUCUGUGGUGUUAGGUACAAUUUCUAUCUGUGCUUAG